ACUUCUGCAAACAAUGAAAAGAAAUAUACUCCUGAACAGAUCAAGGCUGUCAAAGCUAUCCUGGCAUGUGGUACUGAUUAUUACAAAGUAUUAUCAUUGGAUAAAAAAUGUACUGAAGUGGAAAUCAAAAAAUCAUAUCGAAAGCUCGCUUUACAAUUCCAUCCUGAUAAAAAUAGUGCUCCAGGUGCUGAUGAAGCUUUUAAACUGAUCUCAAAGGCAUUUACAGUACUAUCUGAUCCACAAAAACGUGUUAUUCAUGAUGCUGGUGGUGGGGAUCCAGAACAACGUGGAAAUGCAGGUGCAGCAGGUUUUAGUGGAUUCCGAUCAUAUCAACAUCCUGGCUUUGGUGGCGAAGAUAUAUCUCCUGAAGAUCUAUUCAACAUGUUCUUUGGUGGUGGUGGUGGUAGUGGUAUGAUGGGUGGUGGAUUCAAUGGUGGAUUUCCUGGAUUCAGCAGUGCCACUUUUGUAGGACCUGGAUUUAGAACACAUACAUUCCAUACUGGAGCCGGUGCUGGACGUCGCGCCCCUCCACAAGCACAGCAACAAAGACAAGGUGAAGGCAGUCAUUCUCGAUGGGCUAUUCUGUUACAAUUGUUACCAUUACUUAUCUUAUUUGGUUACUCUGUCAUUUCUGGAUUGAUGACAGACAAUACUCCAAUGUUCUCUUUUCAACCAACAUCCAUUUACUCUCAACCACGCAUCACAGAAACUCACAACAUUCCUUAUUAUGUCAACCCAAAAACUUUUCGCUCCACUGAACAAAACAAGUACAAACUUUCACGUGUCGAACAACAAGUGACGAUGGAUUGGGUACGUGGAUUACAACACUCUUGUCAAGCAGAACGCAAGGAACGAUCAGCAAAAAUUAGAUCAGCUAGUGGUGUAUUUGGUAUUGGAAGGGAUGAAAAACGAUAUCAAGAAGCUCUUAGUUGGCCCACUCAAAGUUGCGAUAAACUCACAAGAAUUGGU